GAUAUUGCCCUCAACAUCCGGUAGGUGAGGUCACACACGUAAACACAUGCCGUACGAAUCAUUUUACUGUSUUACAUUUUUGGGGGAAGAAKUAUAGAGCUUUAUACACAUUCACACAAUGAAAGUUAAAGUCCUCUCCAGGAAUCCGGACGACUAUGUCCGUGAGACGAAGUUGGAUAUCCAGCGUGUACCACGGAAUUACGACCCGUCCCUCCAUCCGUUCGAGGUGCCAAGAGAAUACACCCGUGCCCUGAAUGCCACCAAGUUGGAGCGCGUGUUCGCCAAGCCGUUCCUGACUUCUCUGGACGGCCACAGGGAUGGGGUGAACUGCAUGGCCAAGCACCCCAAGAGCCUCUCCACAAUGCUGUCCGGCUCCUGCGAUGGAGAGCUGAAGGUGUGGAAUCUAACCAAACGUGAGUGUGUUCGUACACUCCAGGCCCAUGAAGGCUUUGUCAGGGGGGUGGUCGUCCGCUUCUGUGGCACCUCCUUCUUUACGGUUGGUGAUGACAAGACUAUCAAACAGUGGAAGAUGGAGACUCCCGGCUACGGAGAGGAAGAGGAACCUCUCAAUACUAUUCUUGGGAAGUCUGUGUUCACCAGCAUCGACCACCACCAGAAGGAGGGUGUGUUUGUGACGUGUGGCCAGCAGGUGGACAUCUGGGAUGAGCAGCGCAGCAACCCCAUCCGCUCCUUCUCCUGGGGCGUGGACAGUUUCAACUGCGUCCGCUUCAACCCUGUAGAGACUGAACUUCUAGCAAGUUGUGCCUCUGACAGAAGUAUUGUGCUGUAUGACAUGAGGGAAGCGACACCUCUUAAAAAGGUAAUCAUGAAUAUGAGGAGCAACACUUUGUGCUGGAAUCCCAUGGAAGCUUAUAAUUUCACCUGCUCUAAUGAAGAUUACAAUCUGUAUACAUUUGAUAUGAGGUACCUGGACAAGCCUGUCACCGUCCACAUGGACCAUGUCUCAGCCGUGCUGGAUGUAGACUACUCUCCAACUGGUAAGGAGUUUGUCUCGGCCAGCUUUGACAAGACCAUCCGCAUCUUCCCCAAAGACAGUGGGCACAGCAGGGAGGUGUACCACACCAAGCGCAUGCAGCACGUCAUCUCCAUAAAGUGGUCGUCAGACAACAAGUACAUCCUGAGUGCUUCAGAUGAGAUGAACAUCAGACUGUGGAAGGCCAACGCUGCUGAGAAGUUGGGAUUGCUGGCUCAUAGGGAAAAGUCAGCUGUGAACUACAGCCAGAAGCUGAAGGAGAAGUUCCAGCACCACCCUCAGAUCCGCCGCAUCUCGCGCCACCGCCACCUGCCCAAGUCCAUCUACAGCCAGAGCAAGGAGCUGCGUGUCAUGAAGGAGGCUCGCCGCAGGAAGGAGAGGAACGUACGCAAGCACAGCAAGCCUGGCUCCAUGCCUGUGGUGACGGAGAAAGAGAAACAUGUCGUCACCGUGGUGAAAUAGAAGGAACAUGGACGCCAGUGACCGUGUGGCAUUGGAGGACUAAAGGACUACUCAACUCUACACACACCUGGGCCACGUUCAGAAACACACAACUAGCGUUGCAAAAUGUCGGUAAGUUUCCCAAAAUUCUCUGGUUUUCCAGAAAUUCCAGAUACCUGGAUAUCCUGCUUGUUCCCUCAUGAUUCCAGGACACAGGAGGUUGGUGGCACCUUAAUUGGGGAGGACGGGCUCGCGGUAAUAACUGGAGCAGAAUGGGAUCAAACACAUGGUUUCCAUGUGUUUGAUGUCAUUCCAUUUGCUCCGUUCCGGCCAUUAUUAUGAGCCGUCCUCCCCUCAGCAGCCUCCUAUGUUCCAGGAAUAUUCCAAACGGGAUUUCUGACAAACCUGGCUAUUUGGGAAAGAUACCAGAAUUUUGCAACCCUGCACACAACGUUAUGUGUCCCUUCAGUUAUAUUCAUGACAUUCUGAUCUGCAACGUUCAAAAG